AUGCUAUAUUUUGUGAAUGGAUUGUUUUUGCUUACAGGGAUAGUUCUGCUCCUCAUCGGUAUAACAGUGCUGGUCAGAUACUCGCAAUAUGAAGAGCUGAUAACGAACAGGUUCUUCAACCUCGCAGGAUUCGUCAUAGCGACAGCAGUGAUUAUUUUAAUUGGGUCAGUCCUCGGGUUCUAUGGCGCUAUUUCUCAGCAUUUCUAUGUUGUUUCUGGAUAUGUGAUAGUUCUAUUGGUGAUUCUGGUGUUCGAGAUAGCAAUAACCAUAGUUGGUUAUGCGCUGAGUGACGAUUCUGUAUCAGAGAUCAGGACAACAAUGGCAGAGAGUUUACAACUUUAUGGUACUAAAAUUGAGGUAGCACAAAUAUGGGACAAUCUGCAAAGGGAAUUUGAAUGUUGCGGCGUCACUGGUCGUUUCGACUGGAACCCUAUCACUCAGAUUCCAGUCAGCUGCUGUCACAUAGACUAUGGGACUGUUUCGCCAUUUCAAUGUGGUAUGGACAACGCGUACAUCGCCGGGUGUGCAAUCUCCUUGGGUGAAUUUUUAGCAUCUCAGGCGCACAUCAUUGCCGUUGCCGCUCUCACUAUGACUUGUAUACAGGUGAUACUGACAGCAUUGGGCGCUUACUUGGCGUGGCGGACGAAGUAUGAAGAAGUUGAACUCGAGUCAUAA